CAGUCUUGCGGUACAGGAUGCAGAACUCGAAGUGGGCAUACGUUUCCGUCACAACUAGUAGUAACACAAGUAUGUACAAAUGUUUCAGAUUUCUUAGUUUUUAGGGGGUGUAACGGUACAUGCUACGGAGCCAUACAUCUGCAGUCCAAUUUCUUACGUGCACAUUUCAAGUGAGGGACAGGAAGUAUACAUUCGACGUACCGACGAUUCUCCAAAAGUAUGGGUAGUGUACCGUGUAGAAAGCAAAAACGAGAGGAUUCGUUGCAGAAAAUUGACAUUUAAGACGAGUACAACAGUGCAGUUGGGCUUACCGUGUUAAUUUAGCAGCAGAUAGCCGCCAAUGCUAAGGAGAAGCCUAGAUGCUCGCCUCCGUCGUUCAAGUCCAAACGGACAAAGACAUGUAGAUGGAGGGAACUGUUCUACCAACCGGAAUUAUUAAUGCUGCACUUAAGCGCCACAUGUAGGUGUGCCUUAUGUAUUACAUCGUUUUCACCCAGUGAUCCAUUCCCAUGUGGAUGUGACUAUUUGCGAAUCCCACACUGUGUGGACGGGAUUUUUCAACCUGCUGAAAGAAAUACAAAACCCCAGGAGCGUUCCCGUUUGGAAAGGGCCAAAGUCCCACGAUGGCCCCCAAACGUGCUGCCUCUUCUCAGCCUUCUGGCAUUGUCACAAAGCGGAGGAGGAAGAUGCUUACCAUCCAGGAGAAGGUCAAACUUUUGGAUAUGAUCAAGGAUGGCAAGAAAAUAGUUGAGGCUGCCCGUCAUUAUGGCUUGAACGAGUCCACCGUUCGUUCCAUCUGUAAAGAUGAAAAGAAGAUCCGUGUAACGGCUACUGUCUCCUUAAACAAGGAGGCAAAGCGCGUCAUGACAAACCGUAAUAAGUUCAUCAUGAAAACUGAGUCCGCCCUUGCCGUUUGGAUCAACGAUAGCCGCAAGCAAAACAUCCCAUUGAAUUCGCUGGUCAUCCGGGAGAAGGCGAGGCAGUUCUAUCAGCACUUUACGGCGGACCAGACGGACGAACCUCAACCCGGGACGUCUUCUGCAACAUUCACAGCGAGCAAGGGUUGGUUUGAUAAGUUUCAGAAGAGGUACCAGAUGAAGAGUGUGGUUCUCCACAGAGAAACUGCUUUUGCGGACCAGUUAGCAGCAGAGGAGUAUGUGAACUACACAUUCCUGAACAUCCUUGAGGAGGGGAACUAUCAUCCAGAACAGGUGUUCAAUAUGGAUGAAACAGGACUAUUCUGGAAAAGAAUGCCUUCCCGGACAUUCAUUUUCAAGGAUGAGGCCAAGGUCUGUGGAUUCAAGGCGUACAAGGAUCGUGUGACUGUCAUUAUGUGUGGGAAUGCUGAAGGAUUUUUGCUCAAGCCUGCCUUAAUCUGCAAGGCCAAGAACCCGAGGGCCCUCAAGAAUAAAAACAAGAACCUGCUGCCAGUGCAUUGGAUGUACAACGCCAAGGGCCGGAUCACGAAGCAGCUGACAUCGGACUGGUUCCAUGAAUGUUUCAUCCCCCAAGUCAAGCUGUAUCUCGCUGAGAGGGGACUCGAGUUUAAUGUCCUUCUGCUCAUGGACAAUGCUGAAGGUCAUGCCCAUGACCUGUCCUACGAGGGGGUGCGGAUUGAGUUCCUGCCUCCUGACACCACUUCGCUGAUCCAGCCCAUGGAUCAAGGCGUUAUUCGCGCAUUCAAGGCCCUCUACACGCAAAACACCCUGCUACAACUUGUGGAAGCCAUGGACCUUGAGGAGAACUUCUUGCUGAAGGAGCACUGGCGGCAGUAUACCAUAACGAACUGUCUGAAGAAUAUCCAGGCCGCGUUGAACGACAUGAAUAUGGAAGCCGUGAAUGCCAGCUGGAAGAAGUUAUGGCCUGAAAUUGUCCACGACAACACAGGAGUCACCCCGGAGGAUAUAAGCAACUCUGCAGUGGCUAAGGCAGUUAGGCUAGGCCGAAUGCUUGGAGGUGAAGGUUUCAGAGAUAUGACCAGCAAUGAUGUGAAUGAGCUGCUGGAGACUCAUUUGGAUCCCUUAACUGGCGAGGAUACGGCGGAGACGACUAACUCUGAGAGUGAGGAGGAGGAGGAGGAAGAGGAAGAGCAGCCAGAGUUUCCCGGUGGCGAGGAGGAGGAAGUUGGCCUGACACUUGAGCGUCUCACACAAGUCGCGAGAACCAUUAAGAAAGUUCAGGACAUGAUUGACGAAUGGGACCCACAGAUGAUGCGCGCAUUGCGCUUCCGGAAUGCACUUGAUGGAGCGAUGGAACCCUACAAAAGUCUCCUCACGCAGAUGAAAAGACAGCGACAGCAACUGUCCAUCUCUGCAUUCUUCAGCCACACACCCGGACACCCGACACCGAGGUCGAGUUUUCCUUCAGCAGAAGAGGACGACUACACACCUGCCGAAUAUACCGCACCACUCGAAUACUCUCCUUCUGAAGCGGUGCCUUCAGAGGAGCAGUAACCCUGCUCUUCUUUGCUGUGCAGUACACCGCUUCAUCUUCAGUAUUGCACAGCAGAUCAUCAUCAUCAUCAUCAUUGAACAAGUUGCAGUCUCUUCAAAGAUGCCUGACUAACAGCCUGCACAAUAUCUUCAACAUGGAGGACACAAACAAAAGGAGUGCCAACCCAAAAGCUAGGGAUGGAAGAAAUUAUCUUCCACGUGUGUUUGAAAUAUCUCUACCCUACGAUUUGAUGAUGAUGAUGAUGAUGAUGAUGAUGAGGACCAAGAUGGCGCCGUGUAAGGCUAGUCUUGUGUCUUGGUCUGCCCUGUUUUAUAUGUUCUUGUGUGUAAGCUGUGUCCCCACAUGCUCUUACGCAUGUGAAGAGCUCGUUAACAUCAGAUCUACUACUCCUGCAGACUUACCGUUUAUUUUAGUGUCUGCUGUGGAAAGUGUACUGGAGUUCUCGUAUGUACUCCACAUACAAGGAUUACGCACCGCCCCAUAGCGAACACCAAAUAUCAGACCAAUGUACAUCAUUUUAUGCGACUUUUUAUGUCAGUAAAUGUGUAUAUAUUUUUAGUAUUUUUAUCUUUCCCAGUGGAACUUUGGUUAGUGUAAUUAAUAUGUUCCAGAGGGUCUGACUCUAAAUGAAACGGACACUAACCAAAUCCAUUUUUCACACAAGAAAUAAUGUAAAUCUUAUUAAUCUGUUCCAGAAAGCAUAUAAAUACUAGGGAUGUUCCGAUCAGGGUUUUAUGCUGCUGAUCCUGAUCAUCCAUGAGUGAAAUCAUAUCGAUACUGAUACCGAUCACAUACGGUACAUGCAGUGUGAAUGUUUGAAUGCACAGGCUAUAAUAUGUGCUUGUUUUACCAGAACAAAAUGCUGUUAUCUACAACUCAAGUCUUGUAUUUCACAAUGCAUUUCUUUCUAGUCUUCUCACAUUAACUGAAAGCCUGAAUGAAAAGCAUGUUUGCCCGCCUCUGCUGGGCCACAUCCGCUGCCUUCUGAACCGCAGAGGCAGCCGACACCCUCUUCUGUGCCCUCGGCAUCAUGGAGAGGAGACAAAAGGCUUUGCACCACUGCUGUAAUCAGUGCCCACAACGCCCGUUUCGAGCACGGUGCACACGCUCACCUGUCACGGUCCACGCGUGCUGUUCGCGCUCAUUGGACAGCCAAACUAGGGGAGUGCUGAGACUCACGUGCACCCACCACGACUGUGCUCACGGACUCAGAAGUGAUUGCAGAAGGCACGUGCGCCACUCAUCUUCCAUAGCCCGAGGCAAACCCGCCACACAACGAAAGUUCCUCCUGCACUAAAAGUGCUAGAUAGUGUCUGCAUGCUCCCAAAUCUGUACCGAGGCGGUACUCAUCCCCAAAUUUUGCCCACACUUUUUUUUUUUUCAAUUACAGUGGGUUGGGACCGGGGCUCGCAAGCACCCCAAAUGCCGCCCUAAUCUCAAGCUUUUUAAAGCCGCACUGCAGUGAAACAUUUUGUGGCAUGUUUUGCAAGGUGCAAAACUUAUAUCAUUCGCACAAAAGUCCCACUCACGGCAGACAUGCUUGCUCUGAAUGCUGCGGCGGUUGCCUGCGUUAUAAAGCAAGUAUCAGCCAAUCGAUACGGUGCUUUUUCACUGAUAUCGGCUGAUACAGAUCAAUCAGAGCACCCCUAAUAAAUACAUAUGAAUGAUUAAUGAAAUGGAUUAAUUAAUAUUUAUGGUUACUUACUAAAACAUCCUAGACGGCAAUGUAACUUCUGGGUCUUGUUGCCAGUUUCUUUUGCUAGCUAUGAGCUAACAAGGAAGGCCGGUCUGUGAUAAAAAUACAUUAAGUGCACCAUAUUGUACGCUAAACAGAGAAUGAGGCAAAAUUGUGUCGAUUUUGGACAUGAACCAAAAAAACACACAAACCAAGGUUCCAUUGUUCUCAUUGUAUUCGUUUUUCUUCAUCAUACUGUUUUUUAUUUUUAUUUUGCAUGCCUUUCUAGUUUUAUUUUUAUGUGUUAUUAUUAUUAGUCUGUUUUAUGUGACACCACUGCACUGUUUAGAAAAACCAAAACAAUUGUGAAACAUUUCGCUGAAAAUGGCAAUAAAUCCAUUCUGAUUCUGAUUAGACCAUGCAUCCAUGCAAGGGGCAUGAGUAAUUCUCAAACUAUGCUUUUAACUAUUCAGUGUAAAUGGCGGUGCAAUGAUUAUGAUUGCCUGUUUUUCCAGAGGCUGUUCUCCAGUUUCAUGAGCGUUAAUACUGAUUUGAUGAACAAACUUUGCAGUGUAAGACAACUGCCAGCAGUACUGUACUUUGAUUGGACACAUACUGUGUUACCUUGGUUUGCAAACUUGAGAGGCUUGUGAGUUUGACAGUGUAGGCUUGGCUGCCUAGUUUUGUUGGCCUGAUACUUGUGGUCAUUAUUAUUGGCACGUCUUUUUGGAAACACUAAACUUGCCCGGUUAUACAAGUGUUGAGUCUUUUUCAAGUAGCUGGAAAUUUUUAUUAGUUUGUUGCUAUUGUGCUGAGUGUAUCAUAUACAUUUUUCUAAACAUUUUAGUAUUUAUACUAUAUUAAUACAAGUCAUAUGUAUUACAGCAAUCUGAUCUGCAUCUAAAGUAUGUAUAAAUUAUGUUUAAAUGCAUGCAAUUAGAUGCAUGUUACACAUCUCUAGAUUUGAUAUCUAUGAGAUGACUACCUGUACAUAUAUUUAGAGUCAUGCAUUAGAUCAAGUGUGUCCAAAGUGCAGCCUAGGGUGCAUGGACGUUGCAGUUCAAACAUAAUUCCACAACUCUCUUGCCUUUUUUUCAAACAUUAAGUAAUAAAUGAGGCUGUUUCAUGGUUGACUAUGGCCUAUUAUUAGUCAGAAAAUGCUUUUUCCCCCAAAAAAGUAGCAUUUUCAAGCAUAAAAAUAGCUAUGUGAACUAAAAUACAAAUACAGUAUAAUUCGUUAAGCCCUCCAUCUUGUGAAAGUUGUAUUCUACAUUGGUCACUAGGUGUCAGUAUUUUGUGAGGCCACCUCGGAAGCGCCACACUUUACUUUUAUUGCAGGUUGAAAUGAUCUCACAAGAGGCACAAUAAUGAUAAUGAUAACACAGCUUACUGUUGACUAUAGGGGUGUUAUUUCAUGUCUAGAUGGCUCUGUGUCAUAUCUAUGAAAAUACUCCAGCUGAAUUAUUUUACUGUGGUCGCGUCUAGAACCAAUUAACCGCAAUAAAUGAGGGAGUACUAAUAGAUUAAUAGUGCCUGGUGGGAAAGGUAAAAAUCAAUCAAAUAGCUGGUGUUUAUGACAAAAACUGAAGGUGAUUAAAAGAUUGACAUAUUUAAAAAAAAAAAGUAGUUUGCAUUGUGAGCGUAAUCGGUACUCAUUUGUUAUUUUUGUAUCGAUGUAGCAAUACUAAAGAAUUGAUACGCCCGUCAUUACUGUUAAAUGACACAGAAUAGGAGGAUAUAUUUUCAGAGGUGGGACGCCCAUCUGUGUGGCAUCCAUCCAUUUUCUGUGCCGCUUAUCCUCACUAGGGUCGCGGGUUUUCCAGCUGUCUUCGAGCGAGAGGCGGGGUACACCCUGGACUGGUCGCCAGCCAAUCACAGGGCACAUAUAGACAAACAACCAUUCACACUCACAUUCAUACCUAUGGACAAUUUGGAGUCACCAAUUAACCUAGCAUUGUUUUGGGAAUGUGGGAGGAAACCGGAGUACCUGGACAACAUGCACACUCCACACAAAGAUGCUCGCAUUUUGAUAUGGCCCUUCCACUUCUGUGUAAACGGGGGAGGAGAAUAAAUGCCAUUUUAACAUUUCCCAACCUGAUGGAAGCGAGGUGUUUGCUGUUUGAUGAGCAGAGAGGUAGUCAUCUGUGUCCAAACUUCGACUGUUUCUCACAGCCUGGAGUGAGCGAAGGCUGGUCCGCAAGGGAGACUCCGUCCUGGCUGUUGAGUCAUUUCCAGAAACGGUUAACAAGCAGCAAAUAGACUGAUCCCAAAUGUACACAGCAAGGAUGUCAAUAUAAGUACAUGAAAACAAACCGGGCCCACAGCUUUUUUUACAUUGUAGAAAAAAAACAAUAAUAAUUAUUUGAGAUUUAAUUGUCAUUUAAUAUAUAUAAAUUGUUUUUUAGUCUGAUUGCAAAAUUUUAAAAUACAGUGGUAAUUUCACUUUAUCAGACGUUUUUUUUUAAAAUGGAUGAAAUUCGGAACUAAUUAUAAAUGCCGAACAGAGGAACCUUACUGUUGCUGUGGACUUCCGGUACAGCCUGGUGAGAUAGAAUUCAAUCGUGUUUCGCACCUUCAUUAUCAAAUUAGUGGAACUCAACUUUCUUUGGCCCCAUGGCAGGUUAUUCAGCAUUGACACUCGGCUUUGUUUGGGGACAUGAUUUGCCAGAAUGAUACUGUACAAGACAAACAGGCUUGUUUGUUACGUGCAUUACUACUAUAUGAAAACCCAGGCACAAUUUCUGCAGAAAAUGUUGAUGAAAACCAAAUAAUGCGAAAUCUGCGGCCAUUUAGUGUAUUGAUUUUUGAGUAUCUUAAGGUCUUGUGUACCUCGAGUCUGAGCUCUUUUAAGCAACUUGAACUGGGUGACUUGCUGGCGCAGUCUGACCUGUGAUCACACAUAAACACAUGUUGUUUCUUCCUCUGUGGAAAUCUAAUAUUAAAUAGAAACAUCAGUGUUGAGUGUUACCUGUGGCUCAGGGCAGGUGGGCAUGGAAAUGUAGUCCUGUCGUAAACCUACAACAUGGAUGACAGACACCAACGUCAACACUAACUGAGUCGAAUGUAAUGGAUGGUUCGUAUACUUACUGUCCUCUUGUAUACGAGCCAUGAUGUGAACAUCUGUAAUGUCCUGUAGUUUGUAGCUGCUAGUUAUGAACUCAGGGGGCACGGUCAGAGCAUUUGUAUCUGUUUAAACAAACACAGUAACUCUAUUACUGACAAUAAGUCAACACAUAGCAUGUGUCCUUGGAAUGAAUAUUUACUGUGAGGGGAUAAUACUGUUUCAGAAUGUCACAGCACACAUUAAACUUCAUGUUUCCCUCAUUGAACACCCCAGUACCGCCAGCACUUAUGCAGCCCCAGACCAUGACACUACCACCACCAACCUCGAUUAUUGGCAAGACAACAAUAUUUUACUAUUCACUUAUGUUGCCAGCCAUUUAGACAAUCAUGAUUGUGUGAGUCAUUUUCAGUGGAUAGUAAAAAUCUCUACAAAGGUGGAGCAUAGAGCAUAGCACACAGCAAUGGUGUAAUGGUACAGCUGCUACCUUUAAAGACAGCUGGUGAGGUUUCAAUCCCAGCCCCCAACAUUUUUUAAAAUGCUGUUAAUUUCUUAUGUUUUGCAGAUUGUCAAAAAUGCUACUUGGGUACUACUACCUGAACUGUCGGAAGUAUCGGGUGUUGUGUCUGUCGAUCUUUUGCCGUUAUAAGAAUAAACAGAUGCACUGUC